AUGGACGACGAAGCGGGCUCCUCCACCGCGCGCCACUCCACCACCACCGCUCCUGGAGGAGACGUUGGGUCGGUUGGGCAGCAGCUUUCCAAGGAGGGCUGGCUCAUCAAGCUCUCGGGCUACCUCGUCAAGCGGAGGUAUUUUCGGCUGAGGCGCAACCGACUGGCCUACUACCGUUCACCACAAGACGACGUCCCUCGCCGCAUCAUCGAGCUGGAUGGGUGUGUGGUGGAGCCCGCCGAGGACGGCUUCGUGUCGCUCUUCGAGAGACGAAUCGGAAGGGCGCAGCCCCACCGCUAUGUCAUCCUCUCGCACGACCCCGAGGUGAUGGCCGAGUGGAUCGAAGCGAUCAAGCGGGCCAGCACGCUCUACGAGGAGAUCUUCUACGCCGCGAUCGUGCGGGAGAGCGAAGGUGCGAGUCCUUUCGAGCACUGCUUCCCGCACUGGAGCGACCAGCACAAGGUCUUUCGUAACCUGGUCAAGGAGGCCCUCCACCGACGCAAGGAGCGUGGCUGGAAGCAGGGAAGGGAGGUGUACGAGAACCACAAGCUCUAUAAGGUCUGCUCGCUGGUCACCGACAGCGCCACCCCGGCCUUCGUGUGCGUCGUGGAGAAGCGACUCGCCUCCUACAAGCCCGAAGCCUUUCUCGAGGACUUGCGCCAACGGUUUCAAGAGGAGGGGACAGUGCAGCAGCCGAUUGGCGAGGCAACGCUCGGGCAGAUGAUGCGGGUGUACAGCCCGGGCUACGAGGACGCCAAGGACGCCCCCGACCUGGUGGCCAACGCCACCAAGUGGCUCCGGAGGCUCUGGGAAGUCAACGGGGCCAAGUAA